AUGCGGGAUGUCGAUUAUCUUAAUAUAGACUGUGUAAAGGGCAAAGAGGGGCAGAAAUUUCUGAAGUAUGCACAAGAGAAUUUUCUUGAUCUGUAUGUUUCCAGCCUAACAAUGAAGGAAGAAUUAAUACUAGAUUUCAUUUUGUGGAAUGAAGUCAGUGGAUUUGAUUAUGAAAUUAUAGUGAUUGAUGAUGGAAGUCCCGAUGGGACACUUGAGGUUGCCAAACAGUUGGAAAUGAUUUACGGAUCUGAUAAAAUUCUGCUGAGACCUAGGGCAAAGAAGCUGGGUUUAGGAACAGCAUACAUCCAUGGAAUACAACAUGCCACUGGAAACUUUGUGUUUAUAAUGGAUGCUGACCUUUCACAUCAUCCAAAAUUUAUCCCUGAAUUUAUAAAAAAACAAAAGGAAGGAAAUUAUGAUGUAGUGUCUGGCACCCGUUACAAAGGGGAUGGAGGAGUAUUUGGCUGGGAUUUGAGAAGAAAACUCAUCAGUCGGGGAGCAAAUUUUGUCACACAGGUAUUGUUGAGACCAGGAGCUUCAGACUUGACAGGUAGCUUCAGGUUAUACAAAAAAGAAGUACUGCAGAAACUGGUUGAAAAGUGUGUAUCGAAAGGAUACGUCUUUCAAAUGGAGAUGAUCGUUAGGGCUCGCCAGCUGGAUUACAGUAUUGGGGAGGUUCCUAUAACAUUUGUGGAUCGGGUGUAUGGUGAAUCCAAACUGGGAGGAAAUGAAAUUGUGUCAUUUUUGAAAGGACUGCUGCAUCUGUUUGCUACUACAUAAUCAAAACUAAUAUUUAGUACUGAAAUGUUCUUUGGCCAGAAUGCCUUGAAACUAGAUUUGUGUAUUUCGUUAUUUCACAAUUUCCUUGUAAAGUCAGAUUUUAUAUUUGUAUAAAUCUGUAGCACAUUCGGUAAGUGAACAUUUGUAAAAUAUAACUUGAGAUAAAAUAAAUCUAGUCUUUAAGUCUAUUAAAUAUUAAUUUUGCUUCAUUUAAUGCUAAUAAUUCUACCACUUCCAUAGGCUAUACUGCUGUAUUAUUUUAUAUAGUUUAAGAAUUCAAUUGUGGGCUUAUGAUUUAUUAUGAACACAAUAUGCCAUUUCUAAUAUUUUGCUUUUCAGUCCUCCAGUGAAACCAAAAGAACACAUACUAAGAUAAUGGAUGUCUCUCACUUUUGUCAGAUGUGAUUUAAUCAAACUUCCUCAGUAACUUCAUUUUAACAGAUAUACUUCAUUACUAUAGUAGUUUAGUGCAAACUUCUACAUGUAAACUAGGUUCUGAUUGAGAAUGAAUUCUCUCACACUCUGUAAAACAAUGUAUAAAAGUAAAACAUCCAGGGUUAUAAAAGUUUGUGUAACUUAAUUUCAAUCUAUAAAAAUUCCAUUUAGCAGAAUAAAGCAAUAUAGUAAUUUUA